CGAGCUGGUACGAGCUUAGACGCAGCCUCGAAUGUGGAGGUGGCUCGGCUGAGAGUGCAAAGGGAACGGAAACUGGCCGUUUGCCAGUCACUGAAAAAGGAACUCGAAGCGAUGAACGCGUCCUCAGGUCUCUUCUCUGAGCAACAGCUUGCAGUGAUACGGCCAUUUGCUGCAAGAGUCAACAAGAAAAAG